UGCUCGCUUUUUUUCGUCGAUUGCCUGCGUCGUCACAGCGCAUACCUAAAUACAUAUAUACAUAUUUCGUAUUUGUACAGCGCGUAUUGUGUGUGUGUGCGCGCCGCUACUUCAGUCAUUUGUUAUCGUUUGGCGCGUUGGUUCGUUUGUUCAUUCCGCCAUUUGUUGACCACAAUUGCAAGUUGCUGUGCUGCGAAAUUGCAGUUGCUACACCAGCGCCUUGCUGUUCGGUGAUUUCAUCAUUGCUGGCUGCGUCAUUUGUAUCGAGCGCCUUGCGAAGACGUGUGUGUGCGCGGUGUGCGCUCUGUAAAUAAAAUUAUACAGUGAAUUGCUGCAACUGUUGCUACUAAGUGUUGACAUAUACAUAUGAGUAUACAAUUACAAAAUAUAAUUUUUUGUAAAAUAAAACGCAUUCUUCUUUGGCGCGUUCUGGCAGUUUCAUAAAACUUAACGCUUUGCCAGCAUUUGUCCGCCGCGGCGGUUGAAACGCGUCAGUCACAAGUGUUUAUUAGUGAUUUUAUUGCGCUUGUGUGCGCGUGUGUGUGUGUGUAUAUAUUGCAAGCGCACAUUGUAUGUGAGAUUUUAUUGCAUUGCCACAACAAAAACAACAAACUUUGUCGCAGCAAAUUACCAAAGCAAAAUGAGGCUGUCCACACCGAACGACUCCAAACCGGAUAAUUAUCAAAUUAACGCGAAAAUCUGCCGUCUAGUCGAGCGCUACCCCUGCAUGUACGAUCGCUCGCAUCCGCACUACCUGAAAAAGGAUGUGGUCGAUAAGGCGUGGGUGAAGAUUUCCAAGGAAAUGGAUGACUCAAUUCCUUCAUGUAAAGAGCGCUGGCGCAACAUACGUACCUCUUUUGCGCGUUCCAUCAACGUCAACAAAAUACCGUCCAGCGCGAAUCGUACCAAACCAUAUUACCUACACGAAGAGCUACAGUUCCUUGCACGUCACAUAACACCCGGCAUACCGGUGUCGCGUCGUCCCAACUAUUACACGUCGGCCGAUGAGAAGAGCGAAAUGAUUGAGGUGCCCAUUGGUGAGGAGUCCUUUGACGGCUUUGUCGCUAUGGCGGCACAAGAGGAAGAGGAGGAGGAGGAACAGCAGCGCAACACUGACGAAGACGAUUCACGUCAGGAACGUGCACCAAGCAGUAGCGGAGAUGAGGCUACACAAUCGGGCAAGGGCGAACAACAAAUGGUGCAGUGUCAGCAACAGUCAACGGAUGAAAUGCAAGCCGAUGCGACGGAACGUAAAUUACCAGUACAAAACUCGCCGCUGCCGCUGCUGUCGCAACAUAUGCAACAACAACAGCCUGUGUCACUGCCGCAACAACAGCAGCUGGUAGCGACACCGCCGAUCGAAGCCAUGGAAGUGGAGCGCGCUGUGGCCGAAGCGCCAGUGGUGCCACUCUAUCCGUUCAAAAAGCGCCUGCGCACUGCCGAGUCCAUGAUGUGCGCCGAGGUGGAACAAGAGCGCGAUAUUAAGCCGCAACCCAGUGAACUCUGCACACCCGAUCCCGACUUUGAUGCCGCUUUUCUGCAAGGUUUGUUGCCCGAAAUGAAGGCCAUGGACUUCCGUCAAAAGAUCAUAUUUAAGAAACGUAUUUACGAAGUAAUCGGUGAGAUAUUCGAGAGCACAGCACAUGGCAGCAGCGCAGCACGUCGGCCGUCGCAUUCAAAUAGCACACAUAACGGUAACAUAUCAUUUGCCAGCAGCAAUGGCACACCACUAAGCAAUGGCUAUACGAAUGGCUACACAUCGUGCAAUAAACGACGCACUCCUACACCCAGACCGACACCGGCUACAUCGCCUUCGGCUUCCGGCUAUGCCUCGCCUUCAAAUAUGUUUAACACCGCGUCACCCACCGCUAUGACUGUAGUUAAUGCCGCGGACUUGGCGAUAUUACGUCGUCUCAGCACCUUGCUACAGAGUCCUGCAGUAGCGUCCAGCACUUCCGCUAUGACCGCAUUACCAAAGAAUGUCGCUUCGAUCUCCUCGACGGUGCGCCACUCUGCUAAUACCCCACCAACAACGGCCGCGUCGCCGGCUAGUGCGCAUCGUGGCGCUAUGACGCGUUCCAGCGCCAAUCUGCUGCGCACCAAUAUGAUCAACGGCGCCACACCCUCCUCAUCCACCACUUAUGCCUCAGCUUCGUCCACACCAGCCGCCGCCAGUCAUGCAGUCAAACAGGAGCUGCUGGACGACUGAGCAUCCAUUCUACUUUAGUUACCAUGUGUGUUUGACUAGUUCAACUGUUUUUAAUGCUUUGGGUAAAUUGUAGCUUUAGAGUGCUAGUGCUUAAGUUGUUUUAAUUGAAUUUAAUUUUUGAGGUUUUUAUUUAAUUUUGUAUGAUAAUAUGUACCAUAUACAUGUCUAUUUCUAAGUGAUCCAUGUUCAGUUUUCAUGAAUAAAUAAAUUGUAAGCGAAUUUGUA